AUGUCACGACAUCGCGCUAUUCGCAACCUGGACCUCGACGAGGAGCUGGCCGAGGACGACUACUACGAUGAAGAUCCUUACGACAAUCUUUCACCCGAGGACCACGAGUCCAUGACCGAAGCAUACUCACAAACACUUGACCUACUAGGACCAACCAGCACGAACGGUUUCACAGAGCGCGAGAUCAAAGACAUUCUCUGGGACGCCUACUUCGACGUCGACUCAGCAGUCACACAACUUGUCGAAGAGAAAAGCAGAAGAGAAGCCAAAGCAGAAAAGGAUCGUCAAAAACAAGAGAGCGAUCACAUGCAUCUUGACAACGACGAGGAGGGACCGACAAUAGAGGCAUUCAAGGAGCUUUCGUUGCAACGAGAUCGACGAGCAGAGAUACGUGGCGGGCGUGGCAUGCCAAGAGGCAAGGCGCAGGGUCUUCGUCGUCUGGCCACAGGCGGUCGUGCGGGCCUUGCGAAACGCAAUCUAGCCAACUUGGCUCCAGAUUUCGUAAAGAACGCACAAGCCGGCCCCUCACAAGCACCCUCCAAGCCAAUGUCGAAGCUGUAUGCACUGGCAGCUCGAUCAAGUGCAAAACGUCCUGCAGAAAACCCUCCACCCAACGCUGGGGAUCGACCUCGACCUGCUUCGCCAGCGCCCUCCACCGUUGCCGCAUCAUCUUCUUCUGCAUCUGCGGCACCCAGCACGAGUUCAGCUCCUACGACUGGAACGGGGCGCCCGAGCAAGCUGGCUGCUCUUGCAGCUGCGCGAAGUGUAGCAAAUACCUCUUCGGCACCUAAGCCCGCUGCGGUCCCGACCCAAGAGCCUAGCAGUGCGGCCUCGGAUACGCCAUCAAAGCCUCUGUCGAAGCUGCAGCAGCGAAUGCUCGCCAACAAGCAACAACGCAGCGCCGCUAGCCCAGAAGCCAAAGAGGCAGCAGCUGCCGAGGCUGCAGAGGAGGAAGCUCGAUCGCGUCCGCAGACCUGCUUUGGCUCCGAUCUGCCCAUUUCGGCCCUGUUUCCGACCGCAACUUUUGCUGCAUCCGAAACUGCAACCCAACUUGCCGCUGCAGGGACAUCGCAUGCUUCUCUGGCAUCUGUUAGUGUCAUUGCUGGAUCGUCUAACCAUGCGACGGACCAGCUCGUCGCUCCAAUGGCAAGGCCGAGAACUGUGCCCGGAGGCUCGCCCUUUGCGCUCUACGUCCAGGGUUCCGCAGACGAGGCUUCGCCAAGGACUGAGCAGGUCAAGAAAGCCUUUGCGGGUCCUAGUCCGGAUGAUGUGGUUUUGAAGGCACGAGAAGCCGCAAAGAAAGCAGCAGCAGCUAGCGCAUCUACACCGACAUCUGGCACAUCGACACCAUUGCAUCGAAAAGCAGCUGUGGGCCAAGCUGUUAAGGCGGCCGCCGGAGGCUCAACAAAGCAAGGCGGAACCACUGUCAGUCAAUUGAGAAACGAGAUCGAAUCGCUUGAAAUCCAUGGUGGCGGAAGCAGCAAGGCCGCCUCUUCCGCAGGCUCCAAUGCACCAAGUGCUGUUUCGACACCGAUGGGCAUCGCACACGAGCGCAUCAUUGAAGAAUACCGCAAGCGUGAACGGGAAGGCAAGGCUGAGCUCAGCUUGGUUGUCGUUGGCCACGUCGAUGCGGGCAAAUCCACUUUGAUGGGCCGUAUGCUUCUCGAGCUAGGUUCUCUCUCCCAGCGCGAAUAUUCAAGCAACGAGCGCGCAUCGCAAAAGAUCGGUAAAGGCAGCUUCGCCUAUGCCUGGGCACUCGAUUCGUCCGAAGAAGAACGCGAACGAGGUGUCACCAUCGACAUUGCUCAAGACCAUUUCUCUACCCAACACCGUUCUUUCACCCUUCUGGAUGCUCCUGGACAUCGUGACUUUAUCCCGAACAUGAUUUCUGGUGCCGCACAAGCCGAUUCUGCCAUCCUUGUGGUUGACUCGAUUCAGGGUGCGUUCGAAGCAGGAUUUGGACCCAACGGGCAAACGCGUGAACAUGCGCUGCUGGUGCGAAGUCUAGGUGUACAACAGCUCGUGGUGGUAGUCAACAAGCUCGAUGCUGUUAACUACAGUCAGGAGCGGUAUGAAGAGAUUGUGGGUAAAGUCAACCCUUUCUUGACUUCUUGUGGGUUUGAUGCGGGCAAGCUCAAGUUUGUUCCCUGCGGCGGGUCGGUUGGAGAGAAUCUUGCGGUAAGGGAAGAAGGUGGUGCACUCUCAAAAUGGUACAAAGGACCCACGCUUGUUGACAUUUUGGACACGCUCGAGCCUCCCGCUCGACUCCUGGACUCUCCAUUGCGAUUACCAGUGACGAACGUAUUCAAAGGUCAAACAGCCAUUGCUGCCGGUGUAGCCGUCUCGGGUCGAGUCGUCUCCGGGAUCGUCCAGAUCGGUGACCGGAUCCGACCAGUCCCCGGCGACGAAUCCGGCAUCGUCCGCGCUAUCGAAGUCGACACGGAGUCCGUCCCUUGGGCCGUUGCAGGCGCCAACGCUACUGUAUACCUAAGUGGUAUCGAUCAGAUUCAGAUCUCGGUCGGAUCUGUUCUCUGCGCCCCUUCCCAACCGAUUGCGCUGUGCGAUUCUUUCCUAGCUCAAAUUUUGGUGUUCGAACCAACAUAUCCUCUGGUAGCGGGUACGAGCAUCGAGUUGUUCCACCACAGUGCGAAUAUUGCUGCUACGCUGACGGAGCUAGUUUCGAUUCUGGAUAAGACUACGGGUGGAAUUAGUAAGAAGAAGCCGAGAGUGUUGACAAAGGGUUGUACUGCGAUGGUGAGGGUGACGGUGAAAGCGGGUGGUAUGGCGGGACAGAGUAAGGGGAUUCCAUUGGAAGAUGCAAAGACGAAUAAGGAGAUGGCGAGAGUGCUGAUGCGGAUGAAUGGGGAGACGGUUGCUGCGGGGAUCGUUGUUGAGGCUCACAGUGCUAACUAG